UCUAGGUUUCCACUCGCCUCCGACGGUUCCGUCCCUCUCUUUCGCUGUCGCCCCGUCGCCGCACGCGAUCUCGUUGAUUCGUCGAGUGGAGAUGACGGAGGGGAAGCCCAAGAGCCGCCAGUCCGGAGUCUGGAGCACCAUCAAGCCCUUUGUCAAUGGCGGCGCCUCCGGCAUGCUCGCCACCUGCGUCAUCCAGCCCAUCGAUAUGGUCAAGGUGAGGAUCCAGCUGGGUCAGGGGUCAGCUGUCCAAGUUACGAAGAACAUGCUUGCCAAUGAAGGAUUUGGCUCCUUUUACAAGGGACUAUCAGCUGGUUUACUAAGGCAAGCUACUUAUACGACUGCACGAUUGGGUUCCUUUAGGGUGCUGACAAACAAAGCUGUCGAGGCUAAUGAUGGCAAGCCACUGCCUUUGCUUCAGAAAGCUGCUAUUGGUCUUACAGCUGGAGCAAUUGGAGCAAGUGUUGGAAGCCCAGCUGAUUUAGCACUCAUCAGGAUGCAAGCUGAUGCAACUUUACCUGCAGCACAACGAAGAAACUACAAAAAUGCUUUCCAUGCACUCUAUCGUAUCAUUGCUGAUGAAGGGGUUUUGGCUCUAUGGAAAGGUGCAGGUCCUACAGUAGUACGAGCGAUGUCGUUAAAUAUGGGUAUGCUUGCAUCAUAUGAUCAGAGCAUUGAGCUAUUCAGGGAUUCUCUUGGUUUUGGUGAAGUUAGCACUGUAAUUGGGGCAAGUGCUGUUUCAGGGUUCUUUGCAUCUGCUUGCAGUUUACCAUUUGAUUAUGUGAAGACACAAAUACAGAAGAUGCAGCCUGAUGCCACUGGGAAGUAUCCUUACACUGGUUCUUUGGACUGUGUGAUGAAGACCUUAAAGUCUGGCGGGCCUUUCAAAUUCUACACCGGAUUUCCCGUCUACUGUGUCCGAAUUGCUCCACACGUCAUGAUGACGUGGAUAUUCUUGAAUCAAAUUCAGAAGGCUCAGCAGGCAGUGGGCUUAUAGAAAUUCACUUAAUUGGGAAUGGUAUAAGUCGAAUUUAAUUGUUUUGGAAUAAUAUCAUUGAACACAGGCUGGUUUUGAUGCCAUGACAGCCUUUGGUUUGACACCAUCUAGCCGUGUGUGAUUGUUGUUGUGUUGGGGAAGUAGUUCCAUACAUUUUUUUUAGGUCGAUACUAUGAGUCGAGUGGCAGGCAGUACAAGAUACUCGCCUCGUUGUAUUUCUCCAUUAAAAAGGAUCUCAGAUCUUAUUUUCUUAAUAUCAUCAUGACUGUUGGUUA